GAGCCUGAGAUCUAAAACAACCACUGUGUUCUCUGUACCCUCAUCCUGGUCUUUGCUGCUGCUGUAAAGCCCCAGGCCAAGAACAUGAACAAGCUGAUGCUUUGGGUCUCUGUCCUCGUCAUCCUCCCAGAAGCCUUUGCUCAGACAGACCUAAGAGGGAAGGUAUUUGUGUUCCCUAGAGAAUCUUCCAUUGACCACGUGACCCUGAUCACAAAGCUGGAGAAACCUCUGAAGAACUUGACCUUGUGUCUCCGAGCCUAUAGUGACCUCUCCCGGGCCCACAGCCUCUUCUCCUAUAGCAUCUACGGCAAGGAUAACGAGCUACUGCUUUUUAAAAACAGGAUUGGAGAGUACAGUCUAUACAUUGGGAAAGCCAAAGUUACUGUCAGAGCUUCCGAGACAUUCCCCAGCCCAGUGCACAUCUGUACCAGCUGGGAGUCUUCCACAGGCAUCGCUGAAUUCUGGGUCAACGGGAAGCCACUGGUGAAAAGGGGCCUGAAGCAGGGCUAUUCUGUGGGAGCUCACCCCAAGAUUGUCCUUGGGCAAGAGCAGGACUCCUAUGGAGGAGGGUUUGACAAGAGCCAGUCCUUUAUGGGAGAGAUUGGGGAUUUAUACAUGUGGGACUCCAUCCUGCCGCCAGAAGAAAUCCUACUUGUGUACCAUGGUCACCCCUUCAUCAAUCCCACCAUCCUGAACUGGCAGGCUUUGAAAUAUGAAACCAAAGGCUAUGUUAUUGUCAAGCCCCUGGUGUGGGGCUGAGGUCUGGAAUCAACAAAAGGACUUGAAAAUGAAACAACCAAUACCCAAGAGUUCUGCUUAAAGAAACUGAACCCUAAAUUGUAGAUCUGUAGCUCUUUCUUCUUUGAAUUUCCCAUCUAAAAGUAUGCCUAAUUAAAAAAAUAUAUUAUGCCACCUGCA